CGGCGGAUUGUGGGAAGCGGUAGCGCGUUUUCCACGGACGGUUUUUGUCGCAGCUCUCGGUGGAAAUGGACGCGGGGUUUUUCCGCGGAACGAGCGCGGAGCAAGAUAAUCGCUUCAGCAACAAACACAAGAAGUUGCUGAAGCAGCUGAAGUUUGCAGAAUGCCUGGAGAAAAAGGUGGAUAUGACCAAGGUAAACUUGGAGGUCAUCAAGCCUUGGAUCACCCAGCGAGUGACGGAGAUCCUUGGCUUCGAGGACGACGUCGUCAUCGAGUUCGUUUUCAACCAGCUAGAGGAGAAGAAUCCAGAUGGUAAGAUGAUGCAGAUCAACUUGACCGGUUUUCUGAACGGAAAGAACGCUCGAGAGUUCAUGAAGGACCUCUGGCCUCUGCUGCUUAGUGCCCAAGAGAACAUUGCCGGCAUCCCAUCUGCCUUCCUGGAGCAGAAGAAGGAGGAGAUCAAGCAGAGACAGAUUGAACAGGAAAAGCUGGCCUCUUUGAAGAAGAUGGACGAAGAUAAAAAGGAGAAGGAGAGCAAAGAGAGGUCUAAGAGCCCUAAAAGGAGGAAGUCUCGCUCCCCAGCAAAGCGAGAGAGGAAGCGCAGUCACUCACGUUCCCCUCGUCGUAAACCCAGCCCUGUCGCCUCGCCCCCUCCAAGCCCGCCAAAUCACAAAGAUGAACCUCAGCCAGAGCCUGACCAAUCAGAGCGCUCUAAGGCAGAACCUCUGAUUCAGGAGGCUUCCUCUACCAGUGACCUUGUAGGUGAGGUGAAGCCGGAUUCAGUGUCCGAGACCACAAAGGAUGCGUCUCCGGAGAAAACCGCGAAAACAGAAGAAAAGCUGAAAGCACGAGACAGGGACCGGGAGAAGGAUGGACGACGAGAUCGCCCACGCCACCGCUCCCGGUCUCGUUCACCACGAUCCCGACGACGACACAGGUCUCGCUCCAGGUCAUAUUCCCCACGACGCAAACCAAGCCCGCGGAGGCGCAUGUCCCCCAGGCGCAGGAGCCCUCCUAGGCGGCCCCCUCCCCCCAGACACAGACGUAGCCGCUCGCCUGCACGCAGGCGGCGCUCUCGUUCUCGGUCAUCCUCGGGCAGCUCCUCUUCACGCUCACCCCAUAAGAGACCAGCAAAAAGGGGAUCAGUCACACCGCCCAGAAAACAGCCGCGCCACCCUGAGCCAUCUUCGAGCCCGUCCAGAAGACGCCGCAGCCCUGCCGGCCCUGACACCAGUCCGUCAGGUUCAAAGCGCCGUGCUGGUGGACGAAAUGAGUCGCCAUCUCCUGCUCCCAAACCCAGACGAUCAGACAUAUCUGAAUCCGAGGAGGAUAAGGUGGGGAAGGGGGCUGCGGCCGAUUCUGUCCAGCAGCGACGGCAGUAUCGCAGGCAGAAUCAGCAGUCAUCUUCAGAGACGGGAUCAUCCUCAUCGUCUUCGGAGGAUGAAGGACCCAAGAGGCAGGGCAGAGGGCCAGCAGCCCGAAAUGGUGAGAUCAGGAGGAGGAGGAGCCACUCGCCAGCAUCACCUAGGAGACGACACAGAGAUCCAUCCCCAAGAAAGAGACGAUCUCCAUCGCCUCGGCGUCAUCGCUCCCCUUCCCCAGCCAGACGGCGCAGAUCUCCAUCCCCUCCUCCCAGACGCAGAUCUCCCUCACCCCCUCCUCCUCGUCGGCGCUCCCCAUCCCCGAGGCGCUACUCACCCCCCAUACAGCGCCGUUACAGCCCCUCUCCCCUCCCAUCCCAGAAGAGACGGCCCUCCACCUCACCUCCCUCCAAACGACGGCCCUCACGCUCCCCCAAACGCGGUCGUGGUGGCGGUAGCCCGGGGAAGAGGCGGAGCCCACCCUCCUCGGCCUCCCCUCCUCCCCGCCACCGCCGGAGCCCUCUGCUUCCCCCUGCUGCUCGUCAGGGCAGGGACUCGCGCUCUUCUCCAGCUCAGGGCCGCACAGCCCGAGGCUCAGCCAGCCCACAGGCCAGAUAUCCACCCUCUAGCUCUUCUCCACAGAGACGGCAGCAGUCUCCCGCUCGUAACAGACCCAUCCGCCGGGUGUCCCGCACGCCAGAGCCACGCAAAACACAAAGAAGCUCUCCGAGCCCCCGGCCAGUGAGGAGACCUGCAUCUCGUUCACGCUCCGCCUCUCCCCCUCCAUUCCCAGCAGCCUCAGCAGCUGCUUCUGGAGCCCAGAAACGCCCAGCUCCUGCCUCUGCGUCCCCCUCUCCCUCUCCCACCCGCUCAGCGAGUGGCUCCCCCCCACCUCCAGCGAAGAAGGCCAGCAGCGCCUCUCCGAGCCCCUCCCCUAACAAGAACUCUGACGUAGAAGGCGGAAAGAAAAAGAAGAAGAAGAAGGAGAAGAAACACAAGAAAGAGAAAAAACACAAGAAGCACAAGAAGCAUAAGAAGGAGAAGGGAGCUGCAGGACCGGCAGGCGAAGGGCAGGAAAACGUCCGUAUUGAGGGAGACCCUGAUUCUGAUCAGAAAAAGGAAUCAGAGAGUGAAGUAGAGGACAGUCUGGAUGACCUGGAGAAGCACCUGAGAGAGAAAGCCCUGCGCUCCAUGAGGAAAGCCCAGAUGUCCCCAUCCCAGUCCUGAGAACCUUUCCCCCUUUCCUAGUUUUAAACCAUUUGAUGUUGGUUUUGCUUUAGAAUGUACAAAUUGUUCAAAUUUCUUCUAGAAUUAUGAGGUUGUUUUUUUUUUUUUCUUUAGUUUUUUUUGAUGAAUGUUUUUUUCUU